AUGUCCCAAUCACUACGUCCUUAUUUGACCGCCGUACGCUAUUCCCUCGAAGCUGCUCUAACAUUGAGUAACUUUUCAUCACAAGAAGUGGAAAGACACAAUAGACCUGAAGUGGAAGUACCCAACACAAGUGCAGAACUUCUAUUGCAACCAAUUCACAUCUCUCGUAACGAAAAUGAACAAGUCUUAAUCGAAUCAAGUGUAAAUUCAGUCCGUGUUAGUAUUAAGGUGAAGCAAGCAGAUGAAAUUGAACAGAUUUUAGUACACAAAUUCACACGUUUCUUGGAACAACGUGCAGAAUCUUUUUACAUUUUAAGACGUUCGCCAAUGCCAGGAUUUAGCAUUUCAUUCUUAAUCACAAAUAAACAUACAGAAACUAUGAAAACGGGGAAAUUGGUAGAUUUUAUCAUCGAAUUUAUGGAGGAAGUGGAUAAAGAAAUCAGCGAAAUGAAGUUGUUUCUUAACGCAAGAGCUAGAUUCGUGGCAGAAGCAUAUUUGGAUCAAUUCGUAUAUUAG